UUCUAAUCUAGUUCAAGCUCCUUCUCAUCUAUCUUCCUUCCUUCUCUAAUUUCUAUAUUUGAAGUCAAACCUUUGUUAUCAACCUCUUUUUCCUCAAAAUUUUCUCCUCUCUGAUGCCCUUCUGUUGUUGCCGUGGUUUCUUGUUUAGAUUUCAAUUUCAAGCAUCAGAGAGAAUAUAGCUAAAUCUGUCUCUAUAGGUUCACUCAGACAAGAAAACUGCAGGUUUGAGCUAGUGGAGUACAGGAAAAUUCACAACCUGCAAAAACGGCUAGUCUGAUUAUGAAUUUGAUGACCAGAUGGGGCGAGCACCGUUUAAGAUGAGAAGAUGAUGGGAAUGCAUAACUGGAUUGUAAAAAGUGUCGAUAGUUUUACUGUUUUCCUGUUCAUACUUAUUCCAUUGAUUUGUGCAGAAGAAGGUUUUGUGAGCAUCAAAUGUUGCGCUGCAUCAAAUUCUACAGAUGACAACAAAAUAAGUUGGAUGUCAGAUUCUGGAUGGUUCCCAGAUGAAGCAAGUUGCCGACAUAUAACCAGGGCAGAAGCAAAUUCCACUAGCUAUGACGUUCGGGUUUUCAAAAUUGAUUCAGGGAAGAGAUGUUAUAACUUACCAACAAAUAAGGACCAAGACUAUCUAAUAAGGGUUACAUUUCUUUAUGGAGAUUCAGUGGAAUCUUUGUGCUCCUUUGAUGUUUUGAUUGGUGUCACACAAAUAAGCACAGUGAACACAGUAGAGAAUUUGACAGUCGAGGGCAUUUUUAGAGCUACACAUCGGUAUAUUGAUUUUUGCUUAGUGCAUGACAAGGGAUACCCAUACAUUUCACAGCUUGAACUCAGGCCCCUGGAAUAUUCGGAGUAUUUAAACAUACAGGGAAAAGCUUCUGAUGUUUUGAAAUUGGUUAGCAGAAUUGAUGUAGGAAAUGCAGUAGAUGAUAUCAGGUACCCAGAUGACUAUUCUGAUAGAAUUUGGGAAAAACUCGACAACAAUACAGUUUUGAUAUCACCAGAUCCGACACCAGCUACAUCCAACAUCCUUAAUGAUAGCACAACAGUGCCUCUUAAAGUUCUCCAAACAGCACUAACACAUACAGACAGAUUGGAGUUCCUACACAGGAGCCUUGAUGCAGAAGACCACAACUACACUCUGUUCCUCUACUUUCUUGAGCUUAAUUUCACUAUAAAACCUCAACAAAGGGUGUUUAACAUAUACAUUAACAAUGAGAUUCACCAGAAGGAAUUUGACAUACAGGCCAAUGGAUCACAUUAUAAUGUAGUUGAACUGAAUGUCACAGCAAAAGGGUCUCUAAAUUUGACCCUAGUCAAGGUUACAAAUAGGUCUGUCUUUGGGCCCAUUUUAAAUGCUUAUGAGAUCCUACAAGUGUACCCAUGGAUUCAAGGAACUAACCAGCAAGACGUGGACACAAUAAAGAUGGUGAGAGAUGAACUGCUUUCGCAUAAUAAAGAAAAUCAACUGUUGCAGAGUUGGUCAGGAGACCCAUGUCUACCCCUCCCUUGGAAAGGUCUGACAUGCCAACCCAUGAAUGGGGCCAAAGUGAUCACCAGCCUGGAUAUUUCCUCAAGUCAUCUACGUGGGAAGCUUCCAGCUAAUAUUACUAGGCUGAACAACCUAAUGCAAUUGAAUGUUAGCAACAAUGAAUUUACUGGCAAGAUACCAGAAUUCCCAUCGUACUCCAAGUUAACAUCAGUGGAUCUAAGCCACAAUGAACUGGAUGGAUCUCUUCCAAAUUCUUUGACCUCGCUUCCAAAUUUGACAAUACUAUACUGUGGAGGCAAUUCUCUCAGCACUGCGUCUCUCAGUUUUAACUGCUCAAGACUUGCUACAGAUUAUGAGGCAUGUGUCGAACAAAGAUCAACAAGUAAAAUACAAGGAAUUGUCAUAGGCACUGUCGCAUGUGGAUCCUUCAUAUUGGCACUUGGAUUUGCUUUUGUUUGCAUUUACAGACAAAAGUUCAUGGCUAUGGGAAACUUUGAUGUAAAACUACUCCCUAUGACAAAGAAUGCCAUUUUCUCUCUGCCAAGCUUGGAUGAUGUAGCUUUGAAGUCGAUAACUAUUCAAAUAUUUACCCUAGAAUACAUAGAGAAUACCACCCACAAGUAUAAAACCUUAAUAGGUGAAGGUGGUUUUGGAUCAGUAUACCGUGGCACACUACCUGAUGGUCAAGAGGUGGCAGUGAAGGUCCGGUCAUCCACCUCAACUCAAGGAACUCGGGAAUUUGAAAAUGAGCUAAACCUUCUUUCAUCUAUCCGUCAUGAGAAUCUGGUACCCCUUCUAGGUUAUUGUUGUGAAAAUGACCAACAAAUCCUUGUUUAUCCAUUCAUGUCCAAUGGCUCUCUGCAAGAUCGCCUAUAUGGGGAAGCAGCUAAAAGGAAAACUCUGGACUGGCCAACCAGACUUUCUAUUGCUCUUGGUGCUGCUCGAGGUUUGACACAUCUUCAUACAUUUUCUGGCCGUUGCAUUAUACACAGAGAUGUAAAGUCAAGCAACAUACUUCUAGAUCAAAGCAUGAAUGCCAAGGUGGCAGACUUCGGCUUCUCAAAAUAUGCUCCUCAGGAAGGGGACAGUGGUGCUUCUCUGGAAGUAAGAGGCACUGCUGGCUACUUGGAUCCAGAGUACUAUUCAACGCAGCAUCUAUCAGCAAAAAGUGAUGUCUUUAGCUUUGGGGUGGUUCUCCUUGAAAUUGUAAGUGCUCGGGAACCUCUCAACAUCCACAGGCCACGGAAUGAAUGGAGCUUGGUUGAAUGGGCAAAACCCUUUAUAAGGGAGUCAAAGAUUGAUGAAAUUGUGGACCCUAGCAUAAAGGGAGCAUAUCAUGCAGAGGCAAUGUGGAGAGUGGUUGAGGCUGCAUUGGCAUGCAUUGAGCCCUUCUCUGCUUAUCGACCAUGCAUGGCUGACAUUGUUAGGGAGUUGGAAGAUGCUUUGAUCAUAGAGAACAAUGCAUCUGAGUAUAUGAAGUCCAUAGACAGCAUAGGGGGGUACAGCUUGGGAGGUUCCAAUCGCUUCUCGAUAGUCACAGACAAGAAGAAUGUUAUACCACCACCCACUCCAACCCCAACAGAACCUUCACCGAUUAACACACAAGCGAUGGCUCCUCCAGAACCCAGAUAGUAGAAGGGUUCAGAAGAUAAUAAUUGGAAAAUUAUUGUCAGUUUAGUUGCAGCAUAUGAUGAAUUACAGAAGGGAAAUUUGAGGAUUAUUCCCAAUGCUCUUUUAUGAGAGAUCAUCCAUCUAUUCCAUUAAAUUCAAGUUUUUCAAUUUUUCCCUUAAUAGUCAAGUUAAAGAAUCUACCUUUUGCAAUAAAAAGUUUACUCUAUGUAUUA